GUUCUCCGUCCCCUGGCAGACCUUCCUCUGGGGGCAGAGGAACCCAGCCUGCUUUCUCACCUGGGCCAGUCAGUGUCUUAUAAGCCCCUGCUUUCUGCCCAGAGAGCAGCCGGCCCUGGGCAGCAGGUUGCCAUUGAAUGGAUCGUGGGGUUGUGCACUCGUCCUGGGGCCACCUGGCUACCUGGGUUUCUGCUGAGCAUCCGUGACGCACCGCUGUCGUACUUUCCCUGCAGGUCCUUCAAGAGGAGCGAUCCUGUUAACCCGUACCACGUAGGUUCCGGCUACGUCUUUGCACCAGCCACCAGUGCCAACGAUAGUGAGAUAUCCAGCGACGCACUGACUGACGACUCCAUGUCCAUGACGGACAGUAGUGUAGAUGGAAUCCCUCCUUACCGCUUGGGGAGUAAGAAACAGCUCCAGAGAGAAAUGCAUCGCAGCGUGAAGGCCAAUGGCCAAGUGUCUCUACCUCAUUUCCCGAGAACCCACCGCCUGCCCAAGGAGAUGACCCCCGUGGACCCCGCCGCCUUCGCGGCCGAGCUGAUCUCCAGGCUGGAGAAACUGCAGCUGGAGCUGGCCCCCCCCCUGCUCACGGCCCCCCUCUGCUGCCUUCCCUUCCAGGAUGAAGAGAAGGAGGGGUCCGAGCUCGUGCUGGGCUUGCGGGAGGGGGCACCCCCCCAGCACCCCCUCUCCCUCCUGCCCUCCGGCAGCUACGAAGAGGACCCGCAGACCAUUCUGGACGACCACCUGUCCAGGGUCCUCAAGACCCCGGGCUGCCAGUCCCCCGGCGUGGGCCGCUCCAGCCCCCCCGCCUCGCCAGCCGGCUGCCCCCUCUUCGGGGCCAAGGGCUUCGUGACCAAGCAGACCACGAAGCACGUGCACCACCACUACAUCCACCACCACGCCGUCCCCAAGACCAAGGAGGAGAUGGAGGCGGAGGCCGCACAGCGGGUGCGCUGCUUCUGUCCCGGGGGCCCCGAGUAUUACUGCUACCCCAAGUGCAAAAGCCACCCCAAGGCUCCGGAGCCCGGGCCUGCCGAGCAGUUCGGCGCCCAAAGCACAAAAAAGGCCUCCCCCCUGGGCCACCUGUUUACCCAGGACCCUGCGAUGCCCCCCCUGACCCCUCCCAACACCCUGGCCCAGCUGGAGGAGGCCUGCCGCAGGCUGGCUGAGGUGUCUAAGCCCCCGAAGCAGCGGUGCUGCAUGGCCAGCCAGCAGAGGGACAGGAACCACGCGGCCACUGGUCAGACAGGAGCCGCGCCCUUCUCCACCCCCGGCCUGGCCGCAGAAGAUCACAAAGAGCCAAAGAAGCCAGCAGGGGUCCACGCGCUCCAGGCCAGCGAGCUGGUCGUCACGUACUUCUUCUGUGGAGAAGAGAUUCCAUACAGGAGGAUGCUGAAGGCUCAGAGCUUGACCCUGGGCCACUUUAAAGAGCAGCUCAGCAAAAAGGGAAAUUAUAGGUAUUACUUCAAAAAAGCCAGCGACGAGUUUGCCUGCGGCGCGGUGUUUGAGGAGGUCUGGGACGACGAGACGGUGCUCCCCAUGUACGAAGGCCGGAUCCUGGGCAAAGUGGAACGGAUCGACUGAGUCUGCGGGUCUGGCCGUGGCCGGCCGCGGGAGCCCCGCAAGCCGUCUGGGACGUGAGCCACCGCCAUGCAACACAAAGAAGGAAUUUAAAAAAAAAAUAAAAAUGAAGACAAAGUCUAGGGAAGAGCUGGCCACUGGGCCUUCGGAGGGUGGGGGGAGGGUGGUUUUUCAUUAUUCAUGGGCUGGGUACUGAGAUAAGAAGAGCCUGAACUAUUUAUUAAAACCAUGACCACUCCUGGCUAUUGAAGAUGCUGACUGUAUCUGAGAGACGGCCAUCCGUAAUAUAUGACUUCCUAGGGACCUGAACCCAUAAACUAAGAGAAACUGUGUAUAGCUUCCCUGAACAGGAGCCCUUCCUGAUAUUUAUUGAACAAGUGAUUACCCCUGCCCCCAGUUUAUGGAUAUGCUGCUUACGCCACGGAAGGGGAGGCAGGAAGUUUUCGGGGUUCUAUCUAAACUUGGGAGCGGAGCUCGGGGUGCAGGGAUGGUUUCUUCGUUACCAGAGGGAUCGCGCUCCGCCCUGCGUUUUCUCCAAGUGAAGAUAGACGUUUCUAGUGGUGCCCUGCCAUUGACACGCAGAAAUCGGUGCAUUUUUUUUUUUUCUGUGCUGCUGUAUUUUGUCAAAAAGGUCUUGAGGUUUGACUUACGUUGCAACAUCACCGCCACUUGGGGGUCACCUUGUUGGAUGUUCAUUGCUGAGUUGGGGGGAUUCUCCUGGGGACCCCAAGUCAUCCCGUAACGUCCUCCAGCUCCCCACCAAGGCCCAGCGCUCCGUGCCUGAGGCCCGCAAGAACCUCGAGGUUCACCGUGCGCUUAUUGGAAUAAAUCCUUCUAGCCCCCUUUUUUCUUUUUUUUCUUUUUUAAACUCUGGGCCACAGCCGUUCUGGAAACUACCCCUGCCCUGCAAAGAAGCGAAGAGCUGUGGGAAGACCUGGCAGCACCUUGUCCUCGACACCUUCGUUUGUCCUCCGGGUUUUUGUAUUAAGUUAAUCUGUACAUUCUGUUUGCCCCCGUUGCCUGUACUCUACGUCUGUAUAUAUCGUCCGGCGAAGGAGUAUUAAUCACUAUCUCUAGUGCUUGACUGAAUCAGUACAGUACCUGUACCUGCACGGUUCCCCAUCCGUGUGUCGCCCUAUAUUGAGGGCUCGAGCUUUCCCUUGUUUUUUGAAAGGGGUUUAUGUAUAAAUAUAUUUUAUGCCUUUUUAUUACAAGUCUUGUACUCAAUGACUUUUGCCAUGGCAUUUUGUUCUACUUAUACUGUAAAUUAUGCAUUAUAAAGAGUUCAUUUAAGGAAAAUUACUUGGUACAAUAAUUAUUGUAAUUAAGAGAUGUAGCCUUUAUUAAAAUUUUAUAUUUUUCAAAA